AUGGCCUUGGUGGUCUUAGUGACAAGUCUGAUUGUGGCUCUGACUGGAGCAAAGCCAGAGCCUCAUCGCACCGUCGUGAAUCUGAGUCAACUCAACAUCACCAUUGGGGAAACUUCAUUGGAUCCAUUCAAGCCUAAUAUUACCAUUGGAUUCCUCAGCUGUUUCAAGGACCUCGGGAAGUUAAUAGCAGGGGCCGUUCCGUUGGCCGUCGACCUAGUGAACAAGGACCCCAUGCUCCUACCGGAUCACAACCUGCAGUUCAUAGCCUACGAUUCCGGAUCGCCGGAUUCCGCCCAGGCCAUUCGCCGGAUGACAUCCAUGAGGGAGGAUGGCGUUGUCGCCUUCAUCGGGUUCGACGAGAGCUGCGAACAUGAAGCCCUGGUAGCGGCCGCAUGGGACAUGCCCAUCAUAUCAUAUAAAUGCUCAGACAGCAAGGUCUCCAACAAAUCCAUCUUCACCACAUUCGCGCGCACGCUCCCUCCGAGCUCCAAAAUGUCCACGUCCAUCAUAUCCCUCCUGAAGCACUACAUGUGGACGAGCGUCAUCCUGCUGGUCGCCGAUGACCCGUCCCACAAGCAAGUGGCGGAUGCGCUGGUCAAGCUGGCCUUGGCACAUCGGAUAGACAUCGCCAAGACGUUUUACCUUCCUGGGGAUUAUCUCACUAAGGAUAACAGGACUCUUAGAAACAUUAUCAGGGAUACCUACAGGCAAACGAGAGUAUAUGUCCUGGUUGCAGACACAUACGCCCUCGUCGAUUUCGUGCGGUUCAUGCAGCAAAAAGGACUUUUAGACAAGGGGGAAUAUGUCAUCAUAUCUCUGGAGGAAGAUGAUUUCUACGAUCCCAGUAAAGAGUUCCAGUACAUAAGACGAGAAUUCGAAGCGUCCUGGUUGGUAGUCGAUCCUCUUCCAUUCCGAUCCGUUCUUUUAAUUGGACCCGGAGCUCCCAUCAGCCCCGAUUAUGAAUAUUUCCAGGACCUGGUACUCAAGUACUCCGAGUCCGAACCAUUCAACGUUCCUUCUCAUCCUGUCAUCAAAGUAGAGGUGCCAAUUUAUGCCGGACUGGCGUAUGAUGCAGUCAUGAUCUACGCCAGUGCCCUGACCAGUGCUCUUGCAAACAACCAAUCAGAAAGUGACGGACUGGCUAUUUUCAAGUACAUACGUUCAAGACAAUACGAAAGCAUCUUAGGAUUCAGUGUUAUGAUUGAUGAUCAAGGCGACGCAGAGGGCAACUACACAGUUCUAGCACUGGUACAAGAUGACAACGACACUAGUUCCAGAAUGAAACCAGUCGCCAGAUUUACUCAUAUGGGAUCCAAGGAUUUACCAUUACUGAAGUUGGAAAGAGAAAUUGAUUGGAUAUCGGGAGCUCCACCCCUCAGCGAGCCUAAAUGUGGAUUUGAUGGGAAGAAAUGCGAUACCCGCCCUGAAUGGAAAAUGAUAGUAAUAUAUUCUGUGUGUUGCUUUGUCACAAUUGUUGCUGGACUUUUCGUUUUUAGACAUUACAGAUACGAGCAUAAGUUGGCAUGCCUCCUCUGGAAAGUGGACAUGAAGGACAUAAUACUACUUCACUCUGACGAGAAUGGAGAUUUACAGAAGUUGAAAAGCAAUUUGAACGACAUAGAAUCAGAAAAACUGAAUUUAGAAUCUAAAACUGAAGACUUCCUUCUAACGCGAACACAAUCGACUAUUGGUUUCUACAAGGGCAAUGCUGUUCAUAUCUAUCAUGUCUACAAAAAGGGAAUCGAUCUAACAAGAAAUUUACGGAAGGAAAUGAUACAGAUACGAGAAAUGAGGCAUGAAAAUAUCAACCCUUUCAUUGGAGCUUGUGUCGAUCCUCCCAACGUGUGCAUCCUCACUUUGUUCUGUGCCAGAGGAAGCCUUGAAGAUGUCUUGAAAAAUGGUGAUUUACAUCUGGACACAAUGUUUAUUGCAUCUCUUGUGGCAGAUUUAGUAAAAGGCAUGAUUUACAUUCAUGAAAGUGACAUUCAGUCCCAUGGCAACCUCAAGUCUUCCAACUGUGUCAUUGACAGCCGGUGGAUGUUGAAAGUCACUGACUUCGGGUUGCACGAGUUCCGGGCCAAUCAAGAUCCACCCAAAGAUGUUCAGGAGAGCCGUGAUAAGUCUGUUCUGUGGCGUGCUCCGGAACUGCUCAGAAGCUUGAAUCCACCGCCAAGAGGUUCCCAAAAAGGAGAUGUAUACGCGUUUGGAAUCAUUCUAUUCGAAAUCAUGGGCAGAAAAGGACCUUGGGGAAAACCAGAACCUAGCCUCAAAUAUGUGGAAGAACGUGUUGCUAAUCCCCACCUGUACGAUGGUGAAUUGUUUCGACCGCCAUCUUGCAAGCUGGACUGUCCAGACUACAUAAAGCAGUGCAUGGAAGAGUGCUGGAAGGAAGAUCCGGACGACCGACCGGAUUUCAAGUUUAUUAAGGUCAAGUUGAGGGUACUUCACUCAGGACUACACCCAAAUAUAUUUGACAAUAUGAUCAGCAUCAUGGAAAAGUACGCUUACAACCUAGAAACAGUUGUAAAGGAUCGAACUAAUCAGCUGCUAGAGGAGAAAAAGAAGACGGAAAAUCUGCUAUUGAGAAUGUUACCUAAGCCUGUUGCAGAGCAGCUACUGAGAGGUGAAAGGGUUGACGCAGAGUAUUUCGACGCAGUCACCAUAUAUUUCAGUGACAUCGUCGGCUUUACUUCCUUAUCAGCUGUCAGUACCCCUUUACAGGUAGUGGAUUUGCUGAAUGACCUGUACACAUGCUUCGACUCCAUCAUCGGUAGCUAUGACGUGUACAAAGUGGAGACGAUAGGCGAUGCGUACAUGGUGGUGAGUGGACUUCCCAUUCGCAACGGAGACCGCCACGCUGGCGAAAUAGCUUCUCUGGCACUGAGACUGCUGGCAGCCAUCGAGACCUUCGAGAUCAGACACAGGCCCACCGAGAGACUCAGUCUUAGAAUCGGAAUCAAUUCAGGUCCUUGCGUUGCUGGAGUAGUCGGACUAAAAAUGCCCCGUUACUGUUUGUUUGGCGAUACGGUAAACACAGCUUCAAGGAUGGAAUCCAGCGGCGAAGCCAUGAAAAUACACGUGAGUGAAGCUUGUAAAAUAAUUCUUGAAAAAAUCGGUGGCUACGUUUUGCAAGAAAGAGGUGUGAUUCAUAUUAAGGGCAAAGGCGAAAUGCGAACAUUCUGGCUGCUUGGAAAAGCCUCACAAGUCCACUUCUCGCCAGCAAGGAUUCUUCCCAGUGUUCAAAGAUCCAGCCAAAAGCUAGACUGUAGACUUCCGCUGCCGGAUUUAUUGAGCAGUGGUCGAAACUCUCCCUGGAACGAAAACUCCCCGAACGUGGGGGACAGUUGCCUCAGCCUCUUCGAAGAAUGCAAAAAGAAUGCCGAGAGUGAAAUUUCUCGCGCCAAUGGAUACAGAUCCGCGCCAACCAUCAGUUUCAGGAACUUUUUCUCGCCAUCCGAUUGCAUCUUGUGA